AUGGCGACGGCUUACAACAUUAAGGUCCCGGUUGGAAACACUGGGUUGUGGAAGUUCAAUCAGCAGGAUGCCUCCGCGAAUAAGGUGUCUGAGCUUCUGCAAAAGGACCUCGAAAUACCUCAUCACCUCCUUGCCCUCUACGGCACUGGCGCCGACUCUGAUGCUCUCCAACUCGCAUGGAAAGACAAUGCAAACUACCAGCGUCCAGCCAAGGACCCCAGCAACGGCGUCGCAGACGAGCUACACGACUGGGACAAGGCGCAAAAGUAUCUCGGCAGGGAGAAGCACUAUCCCGACUUCCUCCUCUUCUUCCAGCGCGAGAUCGAGAAGAAGGGAUGGGAGGAGACGCUUAACGAGUACCUCUUCAAGGGUGACGCGCGCGCCGAGGACAUGUUUCAGCGUAUGUCUGCGGGGUUCCUGCACCCCAUCAUUCAGCUCAUGUACGGCGUCGAGUGGGAGCAGCCGGCCAUCGUCGCCGAGGCCCUGGCAGAGGCUUCUGUGCACAAGAACCAGCUUGGUGAAUUCUUCAAUGAGGCCGAGAAGAACGCAAAGAAUGCGAAGACGCCGAUGCCCGAAGUCAUGGAUUUGAUCGAGGAGAUUAGAGGGAGGGAGAAGUUGGUGAACUCGGUACAGAUGAAGGAUUCGAACAAGGUUUUUGACGGGGUUCUCAAGCGUGCGCCAGGUGAGAUGAUGGAGAUUGUGAGCAAGGUAAAGGUCUUGCCUGAGGAACUUGAUGAGAGGACCGCAGAGAUGUUCCACGCGAGUUGCUAUGUUGCUGGGACUGCAGCAAUAAAGCCUGGAAAGGAGACCAGAUGGGACUUCUUCUUGAUCCACCACGUCAACGCAUCGCCAAUCUUCCUCUGCUUCAACUCCAAAUCUUGGAUCUCCACAGAGAACAAGAUUCGGAUGCUGGAACACAAAAUCCGUAUGGACCUCGUCCAGUACGCGGCGCGCGGUAGUCCGCAGAUCCGCGCCGACGCGAUCAGCUCGUACAGGCCGAAGGACAAGGACCAGAACAAGCACCUCGUCUCCAAGCCUACAGGUUACUUCAGUCGCUCAAGUCAAUGA